GAAUCUAUUGCCCCUAUUUCCUGUCACAUGGGUUGGAAAUAGGAUCCGUGCUUUCUACUAUCUGGUCUCGUCGUUUGCGGUGUCAGUGUAGUAGUAGCAGAAGGAUCAGCCUUGAAGUUCGGGGACUUUUCACGCCGACCAGAGAGCGUCUCCUGCACAGACCCGGUCAGUCGGUCCAGCAGUCCGCCGGUGUGCGCAUCCGUCAGGCUGCACUUCACCUGAGAACCAGUUCAGACGCUUUAAUCCCACCAUGGAUUCCUGGACACUCAUCUCAGCUCUUCUUCUCGCUGGGCUUAUUUCUUCCAUGGCUCUUAGUCAUUUUGACACCGAGUGUUACACUGCCAACGGACAGGACUACAGGGGCUUCCAGAACCAGACCAGCCUGCAUGGUGGUAAACCCUGCCUCUUCUGGAAUGAGACCUUCCAGCACCCUUAUAACACCCUCAAAUAUCCCAACGGAGAGGGUGGUUUGGGCAGCCACAACUACUGCAGGAAUCCUGAUGGGGACGUUCAGCCCUGGUGUUACAUUGCCGAUCACGAAGACGGGAUCUACUGGAGAUACUGUGAAAUCCCCUCAUGCCAAAUGCCUGGGAACCUGGGCUGCUUCAAAGACAGCGGUGACCCCCCCACCUUGUCCGGUACCAGUGAGACCUCCAACAAACUCACCAUCCAGAACUGUAUCAGCUUCUGUAGGAAGCUGCGAUACAAGCUUGCUGGUAUGGAGUCAGGCUAUGCCUGUUUCUGUGGCAACGACGUGGACCUGCAUGACCACGGCGAGUCACCCAGCAUGGAGUGUAACCAUGUUUGCUUCGGCGACCACACCCAGCCCUGUGGUGGAGAUGGCUGGGUCAUCGUCUUCGACACCCGAGUGGGUGCCUGUGGUGGAAACUACACCUCUCCAUCAGGAGUGGUCUACUCCCCCGACUUCCCUGACAAGUAUGGGGCUGGCCGUGUUUGCUACUGGACUAUUCAGGUCCCUGGAUCCUCCGCCAUCCUCUUCAACUUCACCUUCUUUGACAUUUCCGAUCAGACAGACAUGGUGGAACUCCUGGACGGCUACACCAACCAGGUGGUGGCACGCUUCGAUUGGCGGAGCCCGCCACGGGAGCUGGUGAACAUCACAGGCGACUUUGUCAUACUCUACUUUUACUCAGACCGCACCAACCAAGCCCAUGGAUUUGCUCUGCUUUACCAAGCACUAAGAAGCCAAGACACCAGAACAGUGGAAGCUGAAGGAGAUGUCGAUGAUGGAGAAGAUGACAAUGAUGGAGAAGAGGACAUCUCCAGCACGGCGGGGCCCCAGCUAGCCGGCGGAGUCACUGAGAGAUCCAAUAGCACCUCCAAUGGACGUUCCUCCCAGAUCCUCUACGUGAUCACGUCCAGCCCCGGUAAACCGGAGCACAACAUGCCAGGUCAGUGGGCUGGACGCAGCGAGACCACUGGCCACAAUGCUAUGUGGACCAUCUACGCUCUGGCCGCACUCCUCAUACUGACUGUCAUAGCCAUGGUGGCAAAGCUGCUGCUGCAUAUCACAAUCAAGUCCCCGAACAUCCCAACAGUGAGUGGUUCCGACAGCUGCAGCCAGAGUACGGCAUCCUCUGAGCCUUGGAUCAUCCUGUACCGGCCUUCCACCAUCUCCCUCUUCAAGAAGAAACUAAAGAACCACCAUGGUGACCUCAGCCCCCUGGUGGGCAACUAGCGCCACUGCUGCGCUCACUGUUAACCAAAUUCUACCACCACCCACAGCUACUCUGUACAAGGGCCAUCAGAUGGCAGGCCCUCAGACAAUGAAACUCUAUGAGGCACUACGCUAGCAAGCCAACAACUGUUGACAACUGAGUGAGUGACUGCUACUAAAUGGCCAAAGUAGUUGGGCCCUCCCAUCCUGCUCAGCACCUAAGAAGAGGGGGGACAGGCGGUGUUGCUGGGAGAGGAGAGCAGAGAAUUGGAUGGCGGGAGACCUGCAACUUGGACAACGAUACAAGGACACUUGUAACAUGCUGGAGGCUUCUCCUGUACAAUGAGGCUUGAUUUCCAUCACCCACGGAUGUCCCUGUCAAUCAACAUACCUCCAAAAACCCUUGUCAACAGUGACACAACACAACACAGCAAGAUGUGGAAUACCGGCUAACUUCACUGUUACUUUGUGCUCAGUUUAGGAAACAGGGAAGUUUACCUCUUCCCGAUGCUUCUGAGUCACAGUGGCAACCAAAUCUUCAUCAGUAUCAAGGAGAGGAUGAAGCAAUGGAGUGUCUGGAACACAUACACAUGUGCUGUAACAGUUAACAGCUCAACAGUUUUGUGUAACUCAUCUAACUGCCUCAUCUGGACAAUGAACGCUUGCAGCCAAAAGCCAGAGUCCUCCCAUCCAAAGAGUGUAGUCCUUUGUUUUUUGAUUCCAUAUGCAAAAUGUUAAUGUUUUUUUUUUUAUGUGUUUAAUGUGACAACUUUCUGAGGAGAGGGAAACAGGACACGGAAGCGUCACACAGAAGGUACACUAGAUAUCACAGCACUUUGGGCAUGAGUCACUCCCCGUAAAAUGAAAAGAUCAGAGAGAAGGAGAGCACGCGCACCCACUCGUUCACUCAGCACGCAUGUGGAUUUGGGUGGAGAGAAGAAGUAGUGUUGUUCCCCUGGGCUGGGUGGGGGGUGGGUGUUGCAGUUUGCAGACAAACUGUCGUUUAUGCAGGCUUGGGAAGCUCUGAGGGCUUUUUCUGCUCGGUUGUGGGUGGGAGCCUUUCCGGUUUGAUAGUAUUCAAGUGCCUUAAGGGUCUCCUCUUCCCUUGUCUCAGAUUCCUUAAAUCUGCUUCUGUGAAAAAGCAGAUUGGGGGGGGGUCCCAUGAAGAAGUCUACAUGUCUUUGACAUCACCAUGGAUGUGGAGAGUUUCAUUCUAAAUUCACAUUCCCACCACUUAAAUGUAAAGCCAUCAGUGAUUAAUCUUUUUAUCCAUGGUACACACAACACAAGACCUCUCCAGACAGAAUGUUUAACAUUGUUAUUGUGUGAUGGACAUUAGAUGCCUUUUGGAAUAGAACUCUUCAUGUAGUAACAGACAAGGCUUUAAAAGAAAUGUUUGUUUCUGACUUCUAUGUGUUUUGUGUAGUCUUGGACAUUUACUGAACAUAUUGUUCGCAUUACGUUGUCUUUUGAUUACAGAGGGAUAAAUAUUGUUGUAUAUUAUGUAAUUCAGUGUGGGAAUGAUAAUAUUUAUGUACGCUCUUUAAUUUUGUGUCUCGGCAAAGCAUUUGAGAGAACCGUCAAAGUACUUUUGUACUUAGUUCAAAAGUGGAAUGCAUUUUCUCUCUUCUUAGACAGCAGUAAAUUGUCUAAAAUCACAGGAUGCUGCAGACCCUGAAGCUUUUACUUGUCACCUUGAUUUCAGGCCAAAAGGUUGAGCACAAACAAUUUACCAAGACAGAAAUAUAACCAAAAGCACUCAGUGGUGCUGUGCACAAACUAACCCCAGUUUUGCAGCUGUGGCAGUUUCCUGCACAUUGCUAUGACAUUUGAAGUACUUGUGAAAGGUCAAAAUCUACUAGUACGCCACUAGCAUAGUAAUUGGCCCUCCCUGCCAUGGGACUAAAUGUUAUCAUGGGUUUCUGCAGAUGGUCGCCCCGGAUAUCUUCUAAUCACUGUCAGGAUAAAUAAAAAAAAUAAGGUCCAAAUGUCAAUGCACUUAAAUUUGCUUCGACUUUCAAAAUGAAACAGUACUUAUUCACUUAUUCAUUCUGCAAAAUUAAAAUGUACUUUGUGCAGCAACCAGAGCACUUGAGACAAAAGGUUACACACAUGGUGCAAAAUCACAGUGACAUUCAAAUCAAAAGAUGUAUAGCUUUCAGGAAUAAGACAUAAUUUGAGGGCCAAAAAAAAGAUGAAAACACUUACUUUCCUGAUCUGAGGUUUGUAAAAAUGUGGCUCUGUGCUGCAGUAUAUUCUGCCUGUCUGCUCAACUGGAACUCAUGUUAAUUAUUUCAAGACAAGAGGACAUGCCUCUGGGUCUGUGAUGUUCAGAGCAGACCAUGUGUCAAGAGCACGAGCAAGUAAAAGCGUAGACAUCAGACUGAUAGGAAAUUAAUGUGCGUUCAAAUCAAACACAAGAUAACAAAAUCUGACAUUCCGACUCUAACAAGGGCAUAUUUGUUUGGAAAGCCUGGUAAAUUAUGCUAAAUCCCAUUUUCUGUUCUGUCCUGUAGUCAGAAUCAAUCAGAAAAUUAUCUUCUGAGCAGUGAAACUAGUUGAUGUGGAUGUUGUAUGUAGUGCUCGAUAACAAGAACAGCAGCACAAGCCCUGUGGGAAAUGAUCUGGAGGGGUUGAAAGCUUGUUCAUUCAAUUGUAAAUAGCAAAAUAGUGAAAAUUUUAAUUUAUACAGUAAAUUAUUGUUAUUUUGUAUGUGA